UCCUAUGCUCGCACUAUAAUGAUUUGCGUUGAGACUCAACAUUUUAAUCUUAAUCGGAUCCUGCUACUUGCAAUCGGCUUAUGGCCGUAUCAAAACUCAAAAUUUAGUCAAUUUCAGGCAAUUUUGUGUUUUGGUAUUUUGUCAAGCUUUGUUGUAUUUCAGCUUACAGCGCUUAUAACUACAAAAUGCACUGUUGAUUUUAUCCUCAAAGUUUUCUCUACCGCAAUAGUCUAUAAUUUCCACGUAAUUAUAUACAGCAUGUUCUGGAUUAACACUCAUCAUGUGAGAAAUUUGUUGGAGCAACUACACUGCAUUUGUAAUAACCUAAAAGAUGAAAACGAACUUACUAUCUUUAAAAAGUAUGAAAAUAACACAAGACGUUGUACAAUUAUAUUUACAUCGUUCGCCGUAUGCUGUGUAUUUAUUCUUACUUUACUGCCUAUUUGGCCACAGAUCCUUGGUACUGUCUUGUACAUAAACGAGUCUCAACUACAAAGUCAGACAAUACAAAUCGUGACUGAAUAUUUUGUCGAUCAAGAAAAAUAUUACUAUUUAAUUUUACUGCAUACAGACGCAGUUUUUUGUAUUGGAGCGACUACAUUGACAGCAACAGGAACAAUGAUCUUAGGAUGCGCCAUACACGCAUGUGGAAUGUUUAAAAUUGCAAGUUAUCGUAUGGAGCAAAUAAUGACGACCGAAAUGCUUAAAAACAUUAACUUGAAGAAUCGAGCUAUGAUUUAUAACAAAAAAAUAUUCAAUGCCGUCGAAAUACAUUGCAAGGCUAUAAAGUUCAUCAAUGUAUUGCUAUCUAAUUUUGAAAGCUUGUUUCUGUUAUUAAUAAUGUUUGGUGUGAUUUCUUUAAGCCUGAAUAUUUUUGCAAUGUACUGGAAUGCAACACAUGGAAAUAAGGAUGCUAUUUUAUUUUAUCUUAUUGGAAUAUUUAUCAUCCUUUUAUGUUCGUUUGUAAGUAACUAUGUUGGAGAAGUGCUUCUCAGUCAUAAUAAUUACAUAUACUCCACCACAUACAAUAUUCGAUGGUAUAUGGCACCAUUACACGUACAGAAAAUGAUACUUUUUAUUUUGCAAAGAGGCAGUCAAACUUCCCAUCUAAGUAUUGCCGGACUGUUUAUACCAUCAAUAGAAAAUUUUGUUAUGAUAACAAAAGUAUCAAUAUCUUAUUUCACUGUUUUAUGUUCUAUGCAGCAAUGAUGCAAAGACAUUUUAUCUGACAAAGUGAGCCAGAAAAUAUUUCUUACGUUUGAAAUAGUAAAAUGUAGAAUAUUAAAAUGUGUGUCACGUUAAUAAAAUCUGCAAAAAUUUAAUUAUACAUCCUAAUAACAGCAUUUUGUUUUCUGACUAUUGCACUCUUUAGAUAAUUAAGAAAUCUUAAACUCAUAAUUAUUUAUUUUCCUCUAAUGAAUACUUAUCUUACAUUAUAAAAUAUGUACGUCAAGUAGGACGUGUCCUGAGAAAAUAUGAAACAAAAUGAAUGAUAUAUUACAGAAUAUUUUAAAUUUAAUUUUUUUUAUAAAUGUUACACAGAAUUAAUAUGAAUAUUUUUGAACGAGUAUAAUAAUAUCAAUUUCCGCUUAAUAUAAAGCAGUAAAGUAAAAGAAAAAAGAGAGAUAGAAGCAAAUCUAUUAAUUUCUCCGCAGUCCAGUUCCUAUGCUCGCACAGUAAUGAUCUGCGUGGAGACUCAACAUUUUAAUCUCAAUCGGAUCUUCCUACUCGCAAUCGGCUUAGGGCCAUAUCAAAAAUCAAAAUUUGGUCUACUUCAAACAACGUUGUGUUUUUUUAGUAUUUUGAUAAGCUUUGUUGUAUUCCAGAUAUAUCCAUAUUUUUGUUCAUAUUAUUAUAGAAUAUGCAUUACAAACAUUGUCACUAAUUAUACGAGGGGCAGUUUAAUAUAAACCGAAUUUUGUCCAUAACUUUUAUUCAAUUAAAGUAUUUCCAACGCACACCCAAGUCAUUUAUCUACAUAAUUUGCGGUAACAUAUAAGCAUUUUUUUGUUUCGCCACAGAAUUGACAGUUUGUUUAUUUCCGUGUCAUAAAAAGUAGACAUGUUCUGUGGGACAUGUUCAAAGAUUAUCGAAAACUAAAUACUUUACGAGAUAUUUUAUUUUUUAUAUCAAAAUAUGUCAGAUUAAAAUAUAAACUAACUCAAAAAGUACUUAAU